AUAUCCCACACCAACCCCUCAAUUCAGACUAAAAUCAUCUCUUCAAUUCAUCUGACAAUCAAAUUAGGGGUUUCUUCAUCCUCCAAAGCCCUCAAACUUCACUAGAGGGAUCAAGUUUUUAUUUUCAUUGUGGUGCAGGUUUUUAGGUGCCAUUGGGCGCAUCAACCCUUAUAAUUGUAUUUUAACUCUCUUGCUCAAUUUUCAUUAGCUUGUUGUCGAGAUUUUGAGCUGGCUUGAAGACAGAAAUCGGAGUAUUCUUUCCGAUGAUUGUUCUCAGAGUUCUCGAGAAUGUCGCUCAACCUAAUUUUCAGCAAAAGAUUAUAGUACUGCGGUUUCUCGAAAGAUUAUGUGUUGAUUCACAGGUUUUAGUUGAUAUAUUUGCCAACUAUGGUUGUGAUGUCUAUUCAUCUAACAUUCUCGAAAGAAUGGUCAAUGGGCUUAUUAAGACUGCCCAAGGGGUCCCACCUGGAGUUGCAACUACACUUUUGCCACCUCAAGAUAUUACCAUGAAACUUGAAGCUAUGAAGUGUUUAAUUGCGGUUUUGAAAUCAAUGGGAGAUUGGAUGAAUAAACAGUUACGCAUUCCCGAUCCGCAUUCUACAAAGAAACCUGAGUUGACAGAUAAUAUUCCCGAAAUUGGAAAUCCACCAAUAGAAAAUGGAAGUUCAAAUGAGCAUGAGCUUGUUGAGGGCUCGGAUUCUCAAUCUGAUUCUAUGGCAGAUGAGGGAUGAAGAAACCCCUAAUUUGAUUGCUAGAUGAAUUGAAGAGAUGAUUUUGGUUUGAAUUGAGGGGUAGGUGUGGGAUAUAAUGGAGAAUUAAAUGACUUGAGAGGGAAUGACCAUUUUACCCUCAUGUGCCUUGCACAUGACAUAUUUUAACUGAGAUUUCUAACCAGGUUUGGUCUAAAGGACAAAACGUGCAAGAUUUUGAAAGGUAAAGGACACUGCCUGUCAGCUUUUGGCGUAAAGGAUAGCGCCUGAAAUUUGAUGUAAACAUAAAGGACAAAACUUGUAAUUUACUCAUAAUUAAUGGUUAAGAUGAUAGUGGUGUGGGCACAUAAACUCUAUUCAUGUAGGUUUUGGCAAA